GGACCUUCUGUCCUCCAUUUUGUCGCAAAAAUAUUUACGGUCUGCUUCAGAAACGAUUUACGUUCGUUACUGCAAUGAGGGACAACGCUGCCGUUUUGAUGGCUCGUUUUGAGUGAACUGUCACAGCUGACAGCCAUAUAGUGGAGGAUGGAUCCUGUGGUUCUGAGCUACCAGGACAGCCUGUUGCGGCGCUCCGACGUGUCCCUCCUGGAGGGGCCGCACUGGCUCAAUGACCAGGUCAUCGGUUUUGCCUUUGAGUAUUACGCUGCUGAGCGCUUCCGCGUCCUGGGAGGUGCCGUCAUCUUCAUCAGCCCGGAGGUCACCCAGUUCAUCAAGUGUGCCUCCUGUCCCGACGAGCUGGCGCUCUUCCUGGAGCCGCUGAACCUCACCGCUCACAGCUGGGUCUUCCUCGCCGUCAACGACAACUCCAGCCAGACGGCCGGAGGCUCCCACUGGAGCCUCCUGCUCUACCACCACAGCUCCAACCACUUUGCACACUAUGACUCUCAGAACGGCAGCAACUCGCUGCACGCUCGGCGCAUCGCCAGCAAGCUGGAGCCGUUUCUGGGCCCGGGGAGGAAAGCUCUGUUCAUGGAGGAGCCCUGCCCGCCGCAGCAGAACAGCUAUGACUGUGGCAUGUAUGUCAUCUGCAUCGCGGAGGCCUUGUGCGAGAGCAUCAGAGCGGAGGGCUCGCCGCGCCUUCCCGUGCAGGUCCUCACGCCGGCCUACAUUACCCAGAAACGGGCAGAGUGGCGCAGACUGAUCCAGAGUUUGGCUCAGAACGACCUGUGCUGCUCGCUGACCUUCCCUUAGCAUGCUGACUGCAGACCAGCUCUGCACACUCCUACUGCUGGGAAAUCUGAAUGCACUUCAACGUCUACGUAUAAAGUCCGUCCCUCCUACAUCCUCAGAGGCCCAUGAAAGGAAAGACUGGAAAGCUUCAGAGAACGGCCGGUGUCCCGUUUAUCCCAUGUGUGUGCACGGCCGUAUGUAGUAUGUAAACAAGAACACCAGCAUGCCUAGAAAGCUGAAACUCUCGCCUUCACGCUUCGACCAACAGAGAACGCAUGGCGUGGAAAUGUUUACGCAGAUUACCGCUCAGGGUCAUUUUUAAUGAACUUAAUUGACAAUAAGAAUGUGCUGCUUCUGUCUUUCACCGCUUUGGAUGUGUGGGUGGGGCAAAGGGCGUGGCCCGCGUUGGUGGAGAAGGGCCUGUUUAGGUUCUGACAGAGCAUCAAACUCACCGUAAGGUGACCAGAAGAAAAAUGGCUUUAAACUCGCUCUGUGGCUCUUCUUUAAGCUUGUAGGUUGAUUUUUUUUGUAGUUUGUCCAUCAACUUUUGUUUGGCUGCUGCAUUUUGAAAAACCAUAAGUCUGUUUUUAUUUCCCUUUGAAGAUGUCUGCAUCGUGAGGAGGAUUGGAAUAUUUUAUCAAGCUGUCUAAAUGAUGAUUCUGACAGAUUAAAGGUCAAAAAGAAAAAAGG